AUGAAUCCCCGAAAUUUUAUGGCCCCAGGGGCUGCCUUCACUAUGGCAUGCGUUCUGCUCGUAUACACCCGCUCAUCAAUUCACUCCGCUCGAGACCAAGCAAAAUCGUCAAAACUACCAGGGAAUGGAGAACAUGCACCAAGACGUGGUUCGUCAUGA